AUGCGAGUUCCCAUCGCCUCGUCGAGCAUUUCGAAGGCAGCGGCGCGGCGGCGCUCGACGCCCGCCACGGGGCCUUUGGCCCCCGCCACCCCUGCGGUCCCUGCUGCCCCGUUCGCCUUCCCCCUGUCGGUCGCGACGCGCCCCUUUGUGAGUUCGCCCUCGGUCCUCUUCGCUCCGAAUGUUGCCUACAGUGCAGGCGUGGUGGCUCCAGUUUUCGGCGAUCUGCGCUCUGCGGCCUGCUUCCUUUCUCCCGGCUGCGGCCUGAAUCAAAAAAUGCGCUUCUUCAGCGUCACCCCGCCCCCAGUGUACAACGGGAACCCCGAAUUCGUCGAGGAUCAAACCGCGCUCUACCCGCAGCAGGACAUGGGCUACGACGCGGCCUCGCCGUAUGCUUCUGCGGGGGCUCCCUACGACGCCUCGAGCGCCAUGGGCGCCUACGCUGCUCAGGGUGCCCCCGGGCAGGCUGUGCCGGGCUACGCGCCCCCGUAUGGAGCCCCAGCCUACGGCGGAGGCGUGCCCCAGGGCGGAGCUCCCUACGGAGCCCCAGGCGUGCCUGCGGGCGGCUACUACGCGCCGCCGCCUCAGGUCGCGCCGCCGGCUUACGGCGAGGAGGCGGCUCGGUGGGGCGAGGUCCAGCCGGGGCAUCAGCAGGGGGACGGUGGCUACUGGGGGGGCGACGAGGCCCAGCGGCACAUGGCGGCGCAAGGGUACGCUGCCCAGAUGCCCGGGUACUCGGUCCCCGGGGCCUACCCGCCCCCCGCCGCGCCGCACGGCGUGCACCCCGGCGCCCACCCGCCUCAUGCGUACGGCUACCCAGCUACAACGCCAGCGUACCCGGCCGGUGACCAGUCGAACUACUACGCCGCUGCCUAUCCCCAGUCUCCUCAGGCGCCGCCUGGCGGCUACCCCGGGGGCUUCGGGGGGGCGGCCCCUCAGUACCAGCGCCCGUACUACGGCGAGCCGCAAGGCGUGCAGGCCCCUGGAGCCCAAGGCGCCACGGGCCAGCCUGGUGACGAGUCCGCGCGCUUCCAGGAGCGCAUGAUGGAGCUGCUGCAGAGGCGGCUCGGCCACAAAGCGUGGCUGUACGAGUCGGCGCUGAAGAAGGGAGGCCCGGAGGGCCUGCUUCGCCUGGCGAACGACCCCGAGGUGCUGAUGCAUGCGCGCUCGACGGACUUGGUCUACAUCCUCACGCGUUUCCAUCAUUCGUUCAGGAUGAACAGAGUGCAGCUGGCUGCCGGGGGGGGUGCGGAUGACGCCGCGUCGGUUGUGGGCGACGGCGCCGGCGCGGACGGGGCCUCGGAGGCCGCGGGCGCCGAGGAGGCUCGGGAGGGCGGCGCAGUGACGCAGGAAUCUGACAGGAUUCUGGCUGAACUCGCCAAGUUCAUCAACAACGUCCGCGUCGUCCUGAAGCGCCGCGACGCGCGCUCCGAGGUCGGUUUGCAGCCCUUCAGACAGACGUCUGCGGAGCGGCGCGAGGGCGAGGGCGACGCGCAGCACAAGAUCGGCAAAGGCUUUCUGCUCGAUCGCGCGCGCGUCUUCCACCUCCUCGCAGCGCUGACGCUGCCCGAGUGCUCAGCGGCCCGCGCACUGUCGCGCCCGAAGCUCUACUCGAAGAUCGCUUUGCCCUUCUGCGCCAUCGCCUCUGAAGAGGCCUCCGUCUUCUACGACUUGGACGUCUCCCGCGUGCGGGGCGGCGUCGUCGCCACCAUGGAGCUGCUUCGCCUCGUCGGCUUCACAGGAAGAAUCAGCCACUUUCAGCACUUGAUCCUCGAGGACGUGCCCGCGACCACGCCCAACGCAGCCCGCGACGCCGGCGCUGAGGCAGCCGCCCUGGCGGUCGAGGGAAGCCAAGACGCCGACGAGAAGGGCGCGAGGGACGGCGAAGAGCCGACCUACCGGCGCGUGCCCGUCGACAAAGAUGACAGCCGCCGCAUCUGGGAGAAACUCGCGCAGGUCUACAUCGGAUCGAUGGAUCAAAUUCGACUCGAGCACCUGCUCCCGGCCUUCACCGGCAUUUCCGUCCUCUUUGAGAAAGACAUGAUCUCCCGACCCAUCUUCCUCCAGGUCGUUUCCGAGCUCUGCCAGCGGAUGGUGGUGCCGAAUGCCUUCGGCCAAAACGAGGCGAGGGGCGGCGCCGCGCUGCAGCUGCUCCUGGAACAGUGCACGAACACGAUGCGCUGCCAGCAGCAGAAUCAGCGCCUCGGCUUCAGCUCGCUCCGCGCGCUCGCCAGAAUCAUGCGCGAGACGCGAUCGGACGUCGUUAUCCGCUGCCUGUCGUCUCUUUCGCUCCUUCGCUGCCUCCGCGAAGAGAACCUUGGGUUCUUCAGCUCGGUGCUGCUCAAGCGGCACUACAGGCAAGACGUUGCGGCGCGACAGCUGUCGCCGCGGACGCUGGCCGCGCUGAUCUUCACGCAUGCGAUGACGGGCUCGCGCGCAGGCAUGCACGUUGGCGAGCUCACCAAGGUCAUGACGUCUAUGAUGGGCACCGUCGAGCGCGAGCGCGUCAUUAGCACCGAAGACAAAUGCAAACUCGCCUGGGCAAUCUGCGCGCUACGCCUAUACAGCCGAGAAGAAUCGGCUGGGCAGUGGGAUGAGAAGCUCGUCGCGAGCCUCCUGCGCCGCCUCAUGGAGCAGACCAAGGGUCUGAACGGCCGCCUCAGCUGCUACUUCUUGGAAGCUGCGAGGGAGUGCCGGGACGCUGUCGAGGAGAUGCACCCUGGACAGGGCUUCAAGGAAUUUUUCCCGGCGGAUCGCAUCGACAAGGUGACUCAGGACUACGAUCGCUUCGGCUACUACGCGAUGCGGACCGACGUGGCGCUGCUUCGCCGCGCGCUGCUCACCUCCGGUGCGACCGUGAAGGUCUCCGCAGACCGCCAGCGCAGCCAAGAGAAAGCUUCCUUCUCGUCGUGGGGUGAGGCCGAGGGCGAGUCGGAGGAAACCGGCUCCGCUAAGAAGGAGGUCGAGCCGAAGGACACCCAAAGCGAGCAAGAGAGUCUGGCAACCAGCCAAAACACCCCCAGCGACGACGCGACCGCGGAUUGGAUCCGUGGAAGCGUGUGGGAGGAGGGAACGCUCCUGGACGGCUACCCAGUCGCCUUCUACUGCCCCGAGAAAAAGAUCGCGGCAGAUAUCGACCGUCCAGCACGCCUACCGGCUAAGUACAUGAAGAUGCGUCACAUGCAGAAGUACCUCGAGGAGCAAGGAAUUCGCUACAUCAUCUACAGCGAAGAACUCAGACUGCACCACGAGGACACGUUUACUGGAUUCUUGACGCUGAUUCAAAACCCAGACGACAAACGCGCCACCCUCGCGGCGGUGCCGAAGAACGCCCGCGAGAUGUGGACGAAGCGCUCAGGCUCCGGGCGGGCGGCGAGUGAAGACGGCGACGCCUCGCUGGGUUCUGUCGUGUAA